CCCUUUAGGUCUUUUCGUCUGCCCGUAAUCGGCGGUCAAUUCGUCCAAGCAAUCACCCCUCCAUGUCCACCGAGUAUCAUCGAUUUUCAGAGUUCAACUAUAAGCGAGGCGCCCUUGACUCCGAUGCCCCACCCAAGAUUAUCUGAUCCCACUUAUCAGAUCACCAGAUAAUCCGCCAUUUCCUUCGCGGUCCUCGCGGGUCAUACACCCAUAAUAGACCAUCUCCUUGCAACUUCAGUAGCUUCAUAUUGAGAAAAUCGGAAGAAUUCUUACCUUCACGAUGGCGGGGGAUAACGUCUUCGCCGUUCCCGUAUUUCUCGUCGUCUUUCGAGAAAGCCUUGAAACAGUCAUCAUCGUUUCCGUUCUGUUAGCCUUCCUUAAGCAAACCCUCGAUGGCCCCAACCGAGACCCAACCGUAUACAAAGCUCUUGUCAAGCAGGUAUGGUUUGGUGUUGGAUUAGGAUUCUUUCUUUGCCUAGUCGUCGCCGGAGGCCUGAUCGGCGCCUUUUACACCCUGGGCAAAGAUAAUUGGGAAACAAACGAGUACAAUUAUGAAGGGGCAUUUGCGCUUGUCGCCUCUAUUAUCAUCAGCGUCGUUGGUGCGGCUCUCCUUCGAGUUGGAAAGAUGCAAGAGAAGUGGCGCGUCAAGCUAGCCAAAGCUGUCGAAGCCCCCUUAUUAACAAGAGGCAACCGCCACGGUUGGCUAAAGCGCUUCGCCGAAAAAUAUGCCAUGUUCGUCCUUCCGUUCAUUACUGUCUUGAGAGAAGGUAUCGAGGCCAUUGUCUUUGUUGCUGGAGUUUCGUUCUCCGCACCAGCAACCGCCGUCCCACUUCCUGUAGUGGUUGGACUAGCCGCUGGAAUUAUCGUGGGUUAUAUCCUGUAUAAGGGAGGAGCAGGAGCAAAGUUACAAUACUUCCUAAUUGCUUCGACAUGCCUGCUAUAUCUAGUGGGUGCCGGCCUUUUCUCACGUUCCGUCUGGUACUUUGAAAAUCAAAAGUGGAACAACAUCAUCGGCGGAGAUGCUGCUGAGUUGGGAGAUGGUCCAGGAUCUUAUGAUAUCGACAAGAGCGUUUGGCACGUAAACUGCUGCAGCCCGGAAUUGAACGGUGGCGAAGGUGGUUGGGGAAUAUUCAACGCCAUCCUUGGAUGGACUAACUCGGCAACGUAUGGCUCAGUCAUCUCAUACAACAUGUAUUGGAUCGCUAUUAUGAUCGCCUUCGUCGUCAUGAGAUAUAAGGAAGUCAAGGGACACUGGCCUUUUAUGAAAGCAAAGGCAGGCUCCGUGGAGACGGUCGAGAAGCCCAACGAACCUACCCAAGUAAGAAGUAUGCCCGACAGAGAAAUUGCUUAGGAAGGUCUAGGAGGCAGUGAGCUGCUGACUAGGGCAAUGAAUAAAGGUAGCCUUGGUAAUCAAAAGUUCUAGUGAGCGGUGAUAGUUGAGGGAUCAGGUGUUCGCUUCAUGCUAUAGAAAGCCAUAUGAAGGUUUUCAUAUCUUAAGAGAUGACUUAAGAAGUAAUGGAAAUGAAAUAUAUCAUGCCGAAUGAGAGAACAUAAAUGAUGAUGAUGGACAGGACGGGGUUGAAAUUCCCCACAUUUACCGAGCUGUCAGAUUUGGUGGUGG